UGUUCUGGCUCGAACAACAUGGCCGCUCAAAUUUUCAAAAAAGUCAUACCAACAAAACUAGCUUCUUCUCAACACGUACAUAGCAUACGCUUUCUAAAAUACUUCGAAAAUGGAGCUAAAACCACCUACAUUGCAUCGAGGGAAUUAAAUUCACCAAGCGGUGUUUCAAAAUUGGACAAUUUGGCAUUGGAAGCGGAAAAAGUUGUUGGUUAUCAAACUAGUCUAGUUCGAUGCCUUUUAAGCGACGAAAUAUCUAGCGUGCUGGUCCAUAGUAAGAAAUUAGUUGGCUCUCGACAUCCAUUGUUGAAGACGGCUAGGAGUUUGCUGUAUGACGGGGCGGAAGGUUUUGAGGCAGUGGGGUUGAUUGUUUUGUUAAUGUCGGGAUGUGGCGAGGGGUUAAUGACAGAGGGUGCCCCCCUUGGGCAACAGCUUGUGAGCGGUAUUCAGCAAAAACAACGCAAGUUAGCCGAAGUUGCUGAAAUGAUUAAUACAGGUAUUACAGAGUGACACAGGCUGCUAAAAUUGUGGCAUCUAAUCAGCCAGACUUCAGUCUUACCCCCAGACUGGAAAGUUUGGAAAUUGUACAGCCGAGAUUUCAAAAAUUUAAUAGUAAAUAUAAUAGAAAUGCCCGAUAUCUCGGCCGCACAAUACAAACUUUCCACACUGGCCUAACCCCAGGAUUCUCAGACUGUGAACCUUUUUCUUUUGAAGUGACAAUAGCAGCCGGCUAUUCAGUAAACUGCCAGCUAUGUAUAUAGUGACUAUAAUCAAAGUUCAACUUUUAUAAGAUAAACCGAUCCCAAACCUUUUUCGGAGUUAGAAAAGGCGGUAAAGUUUAAAAAAUUUUAAGAAAAAAAGCUAAGUCAGACAAUCACAACCCGACCCAGACUGUUUCCGCAAACAACGCAUUUACUAUAUACGCUAACAGCAAGUUUGGUAAAAGCUAGUGCAAACAACAGAUUUAUAGUUAACUAUGGCCACUAUAUAUAGCUGGCAGUUGUAUAGUCACUUGACUCACUUCAUCAUGUAUUUCCUUGGUGCAGGGUAGUCACAUGCAAACAAGGGCAGAACCACUACAAAGUAUAUGUAUGUGCCUACUUUGUAUAGGAAAUUGCACGGUUAGCAAGUAUUAACGAAAAAUUGCAUUCAUAUUUGCCAGAAUAUAAAUGAUUUUACAUUAAUACGUACUUCAAGAACAGAAUGAUGUAAUUUCCUAUCAGUUUAGUCAAUUUUACAAGUACUCAAUGACAAGAAAUGUUGCUUUAAUUUAUUGUACAAUCAUCCAGAUUAAAUUUUUUUAAUUGUUUCUGACGUUUCGGCUACCUAUACGGCAGCCAUCAUCGUCAGAGCCUGCGUUCAUGCGUAAUUAGACCAGCAUAUGCUCCUGGCAUAUUGUGGCAAAUGUUGAUGCCCCGCGACAGCAGCAUACACUGGACUAAUUACGCAUGAACGCAGGUUUUCAUGCCUUGAAUGUAUGUGCAAGCAAAUAACCUCAUGAACACACACGUCAUUCUGACGCAAGAUAAAAUUAUUAUAACUGUAAAUUUUUUGUAACUGUAAUACAUAUUUGAUAAUGGCUGCCGUAUAUGAAACGUCAUAAACAAUUCAAAAAAUUUAAUCUGGAUGAUCGUACAAUAAAUUAAAUUAAUGGAAGAACCCAGAUUCAAGCCCUUCAGUGAAGAAACGUUGCACUUAAUUAAUCCAUUCAUUCAAUUUGUACCUUUUUAAUUGGUACUGUACCUGUAAAACCUGUCAAUAAAUUUUUAUUUUAUCUUUGUCUUCUGUACUUGAAUAAUAACUCAGUGCGUAAUAAGAGCUCAGAAAAUAUACAUUUUCCUGUUGUUUAUUUACAUUUAGUGUUUACUUGUGGCAUUGCUUGUCAACCCCCGGCUGCACUAUACCCCGAUCUGGGUAAUUGAUUCUGAUUGGCUGUCUUCAAACGUUCACGCUCCGGAAUUUCCAUUAUUUUCAACUUGUUGCAUGGAAAAUUUACUAGUUUGAAGCAUGGAGAUUAAGUACUAUUUGCAAUGAACAUGUGCCAAGAGAAUAUCAUGUGCCAAUCGACAAGCAAUGUCACAAAUUAUCACAGACUGUAUUACACCAUAUACACAUUUAGUCCCGAUAUACAAAUUCAAAAUUAUUAUCAUUCAUUUGUUUAGAAAUUGAUUGUUUUCACAGUCAAUGAACAUGAAAAUAUUUGCAUAGCGGGACUAAAUAGUCGGGCUGGCUACACUACUCAUGCUAUGGAUAACAGGAUACUACAAAUUUCAGACCUUGUGUUUCACUCGCUACUCUGGUUUAACAUAUUUCUUCUGGCGGAACAUGAUUGAAUGAACAAACUUUAAAUUUCAGACCUGUAACAACACAAUGAGUGCCAGAACUCUCCCUUGACAGAAUGAAAUUGUCAGGUGUUAUACAGAGUAAAAAUGUCUGGCAUUAGACAGGAUAAAACAGAAAGUAUGAAAAGGGUUAACAUUUAUUAUGAAUACUUGUAAUUUUCCAGGCUACAUGGUUCAUCUUGGUGUGGUAAACAAAUCCGACUUUCAAUCAUUGGACGAUAUCAAAAUAAUGAAUUUUGGCAACAAAGUAACAGUGUUAACAGGCGACUUCUUCCUAGCCAAGGCAUCUGUUGGCCUGUCUGAGCUGGAAAACACAGAAGUUGUCGAUGCUAUGGCAAGUGUUAUUGGCGAUAUUGUUGAGGGUGAAACAAUGAAGGAUUGUAAAACUGUGAAUGACACAGGUUUGGCUGAGUGGGAGGAAGUGAUUUUUAAAUCUCAAGGGAGUCUUUUUGCUAAAAGUUGUUUGGCUGCUUUAAAGUUGUAUUCUUCGCCACAACAUGUAAGUCUGGAUUAGGGUUUGGAUGAUUUAUUAUUAACAUUCAUCCUCUAAUACAGACACCUCUCUAAUACAGACACCUCUCUAAUACAUACACCUAUCUAAUACAGACAUCUCUCUAAUACAGACAUCUCUCUAAUACAGACAUCUCUCUAAUACAGACACCUCUCUAAUACAGACACCUCGCUAAUACAGACACCUCUAAUACAGACACCUCUCUAAUACAGACACCUCUCUAAUACAGACACCUCUCUAAUACAGACACCUCUCUAAUACAGACACUUCUCUAAUACAGACACCUCUCUAAUACAGACACCUCUCUAAUAUAGACAUCUCUCUAAUACAUACACUUCUCUAAUACAGGCACCUCUCUAAUACAGACACCUCUCUAAUAUAGACAUCUCUCUAAUACAUACACUUCUCUAAUACAGGCACCUCUCUAAUACAGACACCUCUCUAAUAUAGACAUCUCUCUAAUACAUACACUUCUCUAAUACAGGCACCUCUCUAAUACAGACACCUCUCUAAUAUAGACAUCUCUCUAAUACAUACACUUCUCUAAUACAGGCACCUCUCUAAUACAGACACCUCUCUAAUAUAGACAUCUCUCUAAUACAUACACUUCUCUAAUACAGGCACCUCUCUAAUACAGACACCUCUCUAAUAUAGACAUCUCUCUAAUACAUACACUUCUCUAAUACAGGCACCUCUCUAAUACAGACACCUCUCUAAUAUAGACAUCUCUCUAAUACAUACACUUCUCUAAUACAGGCACCUCUCUAAUACAGACACCUCUCUAAUAUAGACAUCUCUCUAAUACAUACACUUCUCUAAUACAGGCACCUCUCUAAUACAGACACCUCUCUAAUAUAGACAUCUCUCUAAUACAUACACUUCUCUAAUACAGGCACCUCUCUAAUACAGACACCUCUCUAAUAUAGACAUCUCUCUAAUACAUACACUUCUCUAAUACAGGCACCUCUCUAAUACAGAUACCUCUCUAAUAGGGACACCCCUCUAAUACAAACACCUCUUUAGGAGUCUAAUAUAAACACCUUAAAAAUUAGAGUAUAAUUCAGAAAUUUAAUUGUGUAUCUUUUUACUCCAGCACCAAGACGCUGGAUUUACAUUUGGCAAGAACUUAGCACUUCUUCGACAACUUUUCAAAGACUACCAAGAAAUCAACACAGAAUUAAAAACUGUCGCACUAAUCAAUGCUGUGGUGAUCCAAAACAAGCACAUACUACCACCCGAUGUACUGGAAAACCCCCUAAAUACCCAGAUAGCAGUGCCUGAAAGUACAAGGUUGAAACUACAAAAUUCCAAGACAGCAGAGAAAAUUGAAGACUUAGCAAAUAGCUACAGGAACAAUGCUUUAGAAAGUCUGGAAUGUUUUCCAAAUUCUAAGGCUAAAACUUGCUUAGAAAAUCUUGUCAAGCAUCUUGUGGUUGGACAGAAUAAAUAGAUGGUUAUAUUUGAAUAAUAUUUACAGCUGUUUUAACUCGCUAACCCAUCAAGUUCCAUUGCAUCUCACUUUAUUAUUUUACUCUGUCUAACGCCAGACAAUUUUACUCUUCGAGGGGAGAGCUCUGACACUCAAUGGGUUAAUGUGUGUAGUUAACCUAUUAGGUUGCAUUGUGUCCUGAUGUGCCCUACUUUAUUAUUUUGCUCUGUCUAACGCCAGAUAAUUUUACUCGUCAAGGGGAGAGCUCUGACACUCAAUGGGUUAAUUUACAGCUUAUUAAUUCACACACCCAAAAGAACAUUGACAAUUUACACAACAACUAAAAGACUUUAUUAAAUGUAGAUUUUGUUAUGUAAUAUAUAAAUAAAUAAAAUAUUUAACCUUUUCAUGAUUUCCUAAAAUUAAUUUCUAAGCGUUAAAAUGAGCUUGUAAAAGAAAUCUAAUGAGUGCAUUUCCACAGAGCGCUAAAAAUUCAAAUUUGUACUACUCGCUAAGUGUCUUGCAAUCCUUGAAGUGAAAUUCACAUUUCUCCCCCGCCAUAUGCGGUAACAAUUAAAUCCACCAAUGACAACGAUAUUAUUAAAUCUACC